AUGGCGAAUCUAACCUCAGUGACAGAAUUUAUCCUCCUUGGAGUAACAGAUGUACAUCAAUCACAGCCUUUUCUCUUUGUAAUUUUCCUCACCAUCUACUUUGUCAAUGUGGCUGGGAAUGGAGCCAUCCUGACAGUCGUCAUUUCUGAUUCAAGACUUCACUUACCUAUGUAUUUCUUCCUGGGAAAUCUGUCAUGUCUAGAUAUCUGCUACUCCACAGUGACACUGCCAAAAAUGCUGGAGAACUUAAUCUCUACAGACAAAGCCAUUUCUUUCUUGGGAUGCAUAAGCCAGCUCCAUUUCUUCCAUUUCUUUGGGAGCACAGAGGCCAUGUUGCUGGCUGUGAUGGCAUUUGACCGCUUCGUGGCUAUCUGCAAACCCCUUCAUUAUUCUGUCAUCAUGAAUCCUCGGCUCUGUGCCCUCAUGGCCCUCACUAUAUGGACCAUUGGCUUUUUCCAUGCCCUGAUGCACUCCUUAAUGACAUCUCACUUGAACUUCUGUGGUUCCAACCAUAUCCACCACUUCUUCUGUGAUGUGAAGCCAUUGCUGGAGCUGGCCUGUGGGAACACUGAGCUCAAUCAGUGGCUGCUCAAUACUGUCUCUGGGACUAUAGCUAUGGGUCCCUUCUUUCUCAUACUGCUUUCCUACUUCUACAUCAUUGCCCAUCUCUUCCUGAAGACUCACUCUUGCAGCAUGCUUCAAAAAGCAUUGUCCACAUGUGCCUCCCAUUUCACAGUAGUUUUUCUUUUCUAUGCUCCUGUUUUCUUCAUUUACCUCCGGCCUGCCUCAGGGAGCUCCCUGGACCAGGAGCGGGUCAUUGCCAUCAUGUACAGUGUGGUGACUCCUGCACUCAACCCACUGAUAUAUACUUUGAGGAAUAAGGAGGUGAAAGGUGCAUUGAAACGGAUAAGCAGAAAAAGCCUCCGACUUAAUAAAUUUAGUUAA